AUGCAAACUUUCGUUCCACCUAGCUUCGUCUGUUUAGCUUCUAAAUACCAAACUGAGCAUGUACCUUUCUAUAAGUCUGUGACGCGUACUGCCCUUCCCACCCUUGCCAACUUAGGUAGCAAAUUUAAGUCGAUUGGCUGCGCCAUCUCUGGCAGCGUCGACAUGGUUACGGUGACUGUGAAUCCAGUUGUUAAAGGCGAAAAGGUUUUCGUCACCAAUAUGGUUAGUAUGGGAGUGAAAUACUUGCAUAAACUUAAAGGGCAUUUGAGUUACUCUGUCGUCAUUACUGCGUUGGUUGUGAUGCAGUUACUUAACAUCAAGUCCAUUGGUCUUUCUAUUACAAUAGAAAAAGGUGUACCGACAAGAGCCGAUCUGGGGUCGACAACAGCAAUGGUCAUUGCUGCUAGUGUUGCUGUUAAUGAGUUAUUCGGCGCCGUACUACCAAGGAGUGACCUAGUGCCUCUAAUAAUCGAUUCGGAGACUAAAGUUUCAUAUUACAGCUAUAACGUUGAAGCAACUAUUUCGGGUGAAUUUGUUAUUGUUAAAGAAAUUAUUGAGAGUUUGUCUGAGUAUUUGGAUUUCAAAAUAUUUGGUGAAGAAGUUACAAUUUCAUCUUGUGUGUCUUCAAUCUUGGCAAGUGAUCUGGUUGGAAAUCGAUUAGGAUGGUGGCGAUGGAAGUGGGAGCUUACAACUGCAGAAUAG